AUGGGCCCCUGUACCGCCUCCUCAUGCUGCUGCCAGGCCCGUAAUCUGCCAUGGGCCCCCGUACCGCCUCCUCAUGCUGCUGCCAGGCCCUGUAAUCUGCCAUGGGCCCCUGUACCGCCUCCUCAUGCUGCUGCCAGGUACAGAGUGUGUCAUGGGUCCCUGUACGGCCUCCCAUUGCUGCUGUCUCCAUCGCCACACUCUGCCAUGUGCCACUUUCAGGUCUCCUCACACUGCUGGUGGGUUCCAUUUUGUCAUAGGGUGCUGUAUGGCCUCCCAUUGCUGCUGCCUCCACCGCCACACACUGUGGCUCCACACUCUGGUUUUGGCCCCGUGACUGCCCAAAGUGGUGAAGUGUGCGGUGUGAUUCUAAGAUCGACGGCACUCAUCUGCAUGUCAUACUGACUGACAGUAUUAUUUCUCUUUCCCAGCAGACUCCAAGGACAUUUUAAAUUAAAGGUACAGUGUUCUGCACUAAUAUAA